UAAAGUAUGAUUAUUUUAAUAAUAAUAAGAAAUUUCACCGUUGAAAAUGAUUGACUUUCCUUGUUGCUAAAACUAAAUGGUAUUCGUUCCAUUUAAACACUCUCAUGAAUAAAUUGAAAAGUUGACCAGGACAGCUAAAAUAAAAAAAAAAUGAGUCACGACGUUUUAAAAACCGUUUCCAUUAAAGACGAAGUAGGCCCAAACAUUGGUUUUUCAUUAACGGAUAAUGAUAUAGUGAAAUCGGAGGACAAAAUAUCUAAUAUAAAUGAUAGGGACCAUUUGAAUACUGACGGUACAAAAGAAGCAGUUGAGGAUCGUACUGAAAAACAUAAAUGCGACAAUUGCUCUAAGUCAUUUAAAGUAUUUGGUAUGCUUAAAAAACAUUUAGCUGUGUGCUAUUUGAAUAGUAGUUAUCACACUCGAAAAGCAGAAAUGAUAACAAACAUACAGAAAAUCGAAGAGGAUGCGGUUAAACUAGAGCAGGAGAAUAUAUGCUUUUGUUGCGGUGAAAGUUAUGAUACAUUUCAUCGUGGAAAAAUAAAUUGCUUUGAUUGUCCAAAAUCCUUCAAAACUCAACUGAGUUACGAACGACAUAUUUUUAUAAUUCAUUCGGAAUUCGAUGAAUUUCCUUGUUCUAUUUGUAAUGCAAAAUUACGGACAGCUACCCUAUUGAAGUUACACGAAAAGCAACACGCAAGUCUUGGAAGAUUGUGGGCCUGCAAAAUAUGCGGCAGAGAUUUCACUCGCAGUUUCCAUUUAAAACGUCAUCAAAAGUACACAUCGUGCGCAGGAAGCUUAAAAAAAACCAUCACUUGUAAAGUGUGUAAUAAAGUGUUCUCUGGUGUAGAUAGUUUGCGAAAACACUUAAAACGGCAUUUUGCCACACAACUUGCAAAAAUUAAAGAAUUUAUGUGCCCUAUUUGUAAAAAUAGUUUUCCCAGUUUGUCGAUUUUAAAAAAGCAUAAACGUAGACAUAAAGAAAAACGUUUUACUUGUGACUUUUGUGACAAGAAAUUUCUGUCAGGGUGUCAAUUGAAAGACCAUCGCCAUUCUCACACUGGCGAAACCCCUUAUAUAUGCACUGAAUGCAAUCAAAGUUUUACUACCAAAUAUGCACUCAAUAAUCACAUGAAGCGGCACACUGGAGAAAAACCCUACACAUGCACUGAAUGUAAUAAAAGUUUUGCGGUUAAGCUGAAUCUUAAUAGACAUAUAAAGCGGCAUACUGGAAAAAACCUCUAUUCGUGCACUGAAUGUAAUAAAAAUUAUUCCGUUAAAGGCGAACUUAAAAUUCAUAUGAGGAGACAUACAGGUGAAAAGCCAUUUACGUGUACUGAAUGCGAACAAGGUUUUACUCGUAAAGGAGCACUCAAUGUUCAUAUGAAGCGACAUAGUGGGGAAAAGCCACACGUUUGUUCCGAAUGUGGAAAACGUUUUAUGCUAGCAUAUCAGCUACGUUCCCACAGUAAAAUGCAUGUACGUCCUUUUGCUUGUGCUCAGUGUGAAGAGACAUUUACAACUAAUAAGAAGCUUGAGCAACAUGUCAGAAUUCAUUUGUCUGAAAGCAAGUUGGCGAAUGAGGCUCGAGAACAAAGAUUCAAAUGCACAGAAUGCAAAGCAAUUUAUGCAACAGAAGAAGAACUUAAAACACAUUAUGAUACAGAAGUUCAUAUACAUAAAUACACCAAAAACAGCUCCAAAAAUGUGAAAGAAAAACAAAGAAACUGUACGCUUUGUAACAAAAAAUUUAAUACAGUGAAAGCUUUGAACUCUCACCUACUUAAGAUACAUAGAGAGCAUCCACAGAAUUUCCUCAGUGCUAAAUGUACCCAAAACUUAAAACCAAAUAAUGUCGCCACGUCAUCAGAAAAGCAUUACAGAAGUGAUAAUUCCAACGAAAACCCUAUUGAAAAUGUUACUCCAACUGAUAACAAUGUUUUGCCAUCACUAAAAUAUGAAGAACUUGCGUCAAUAGGAAAUGGAGUUAUUAAACAAGAAUGUAUAGUAGAUAAAAGAACUGAAACAACCACAGAAAAAUUAUUAUUCAAUAACGAAAAGAAAAGUGAAAGGAUACAGCCGACACAUAUGAGUAAUAAUGAAAAAAUAUUCAUCAAUGAUGAAGUUAUUAUGCAACAAUUUAUAAAACAAGAAGUACCCGAUGCACCUGCAGAGAAUUUGCUAUUAGAAAGCGAAAUGUACAAUAAUAUGACAAUAGAAAAUGAAACUAUAAAAACUGAACCAGGAUCUGCUGUUAAUGAAACUCCAAACGGUACAAUUAUAAACGAUCGAAUACCUCUCGAAUAUGGCGGAGUUUCACAA